AUGUCUUCAACAUCAGAACUGCGCAGUCCACUUGGAGGCGAUGGCCGUCCGUUAUUUCUGGAAUUUCGGUCUUCCUAUAUUUUCAUUAUAAUGGUAGUAGGAUUAUCGUUAUUUACGGACGUUUUCCUCUAUGGAAUGAUUACUCCUGUUAUGCCAGACGCACUUGUCACACGAGCUGGAGUUCCUUCUCAAGAUCGUGAAUAUUGGACAAGUGUCAUGCUCAUCGCUGAAGCAGUAACCUGCUUUGUUUGCGCUCCCAUCUGUAGCUACAUGAUUGAUAACAAAAGCAGCGCCAAGCGUCUUUAUCUAUUUGGCUUGAUAAUGCUCAUCGCCUCCAUGCUCUUGUUUGCCUCUGCCAACUCACUACAAGUGUACAUCAUUGCUCGGAUGCCUCAAGGUGCUGCGAUGGCGAUGGUAUUUGUGGCCGGACUCACGCUCAUCGUUGAGUGUACUCCGAAAGACAAAAUUGGCUAUAUGUUCGGUUAUAUCGAUAUCUUUAUGGUGGGCGGACUGAUCUCGGGGCCUCUUCUCGGUGGCGCUAUCUACCAUCUUGCUGGGUACUAUGCUGUCUUUGGGAUGGCCCUGAUACUACUUUCCAUCGACUUGAUCUUACGGUUGGCAAUCAUUGACAAAGCCACCGCGCAGAAGUGGCUGAGCACACAAGAGAGCGGCCAUGAGUCCGGAGUUGAAAAUACGAGUGUUACAGGGUAUGGCUCCAUUGAAAGAUCUGCUCAACAUAAUGACAAUAUUGUUCAUGACACAUCAAUAUUUUGGCGUCUUAUUCGGGAACCCCGGAUUGUGAUUUCAGCAUUAGGCAUCCUUGCAUAUGCUCUUUUGAUUUCUGCGUUUGAAACCACGCUCCCGGUCUUCGUUGUGGACCACUUCCAUUGGGAUUCGCUAGGCGCUGGCUGCAUAUUCAUACCAGUAGCCAUGACUGCUUUUCUUGGCCCCUUAUUUGGGCGUUUUUCUGAUCGAUUCGGCCCACGAAUGAACACAUUCCUCGGCUUCAGCUUGGCCACACCUUGUCUGAUCUGCUUGCGGGUCGUUCAAUCCAAUACCACGGAACAUAAAGUGCUCCUUUGUGUACUGUUAUUUUCAAUUGGUAUUUUCAUCAAUGCCGUCAACCCGGCUGUAAUGGCUGAGAUGCAGAGCGCUAUCUUCGAGCUCGAAGAGAGCGAGCCGGGAAUCUUUGGUGACAAUGGUGCUAUUGGGAGGACCUGCAGCCUUCAGCAGAUGACCCAGUGCGUUGGGUUUGCGUUGGGCCCAGUGCUUGGAGGCUUCAUUGAUCAUCGAUAUGGUUGGGGAGCUACAACCGUAGUUCUGGGAGUUGUGGCUUCAGCCGCAGCGGUUCCAGGUCUCUGGCUUUCAGGACCCAAAUCUGAAAAAAGCCUCAAUGAUGACAUUUUGGAGCGAGAGCCACUCCUCAGUGUAUAG